AUGAAAAAGACCGAAGAUGAUUACACUCUGGUCAGCAAGCAAGCCAGGGAAGAAUUGAAUGCAGCGCUGAAGGCAGAAUCUUCAAAAGACCUUCAUACUAGGGGAUUUGAUCUCAAACCUAUAAACAGCAGAGCAGGAAGUUUGAUUUAUGACUGGGAAGCAAGAUCAGAUGUGGCCGAAGUUGAAAGGAUAUGCGAUUAUCCAUUGGAUAUAAUAUUGGAAGAAAUAGAUCAAAAAGCAGUAGUUGUUUUUGGUGAAAAGGACGGCGUCAAAUUGAGGUGAGG